GAGUGAUGCCACCACCAUGAGUAUUGUCUUUGUCACCCUCUCUGAGAACUGUUUGGGUUCAUCCAUUACAAGAGAAGCUUUUUCUAGACUGGUGGGGGGAGACAACAUAGUUCGUUCCAAACUUAGUAGUGGUGUUCUACUAUCAAGAGUGCCGUCAUGAUCUACUGCGUUUGGAGGAAGCCACAUUCGUAACAGUCUGUGGAGACACACAUUACAGGGUGAUGCCUGUGUAACAAACAGU